AUGGCGGAGCCGGUAACCGACGGCGAGGAUUACGCCUUCCAACGUCAACUUGCUAUUGUCGACGUCGUAACUCCUAUUUCACAUUCCGUUUCCAAUUCCGAUUCGUCUUCGAUUACUCCAUUCUCCUCACCGUUUUCCCUCCCUGACGGCUGGCUCGUCCACCAGGUCCCCCGCUCCGACGGCAUUCGCGUCGACAAGUACUACAUUGAACCUGCAACAGGGCGGAAAUUUAGAUCCAGAAAUGAGGUUAAGAGAUACUUGAACGUUGAAGAAUAUAGAGCUACUAGAUCUGGACCCUUGAGACUUGACUAUGGAAUUAAGAAUUCAAGGGAUCGGAAGAUGAACACCUCUGGAGCAAAUAUGACUCUGAUACGUAAGUGUGGCACCUCAAAGUUUACUCUACCUGAAGAUUGGUUUGUGGAAAAGGUGCCCCGCAAGUCUGGUUGGACCAUUGACAAGUACUACCAUGAUCCAGAAACUGGACGAAAGUUUCGAUCGCUGAAAGGUGUUGAGAGAUUCCUUACAGAGGGAUGUACACCUACUAGAUCAAGUGCCAAGAGGCUAAACUACCAUAAGAAGCAUUUGGAGAAUUGUGGCAGUCGAAAGAAGAUCGUCUCUGGUGGAAAGAUGCUAGAUUUCGAAGAGGAUAAAUAUAAUGAAUAUCAAUUGGUAAAUGUAACUCCCACAAGCUUUCCAUCCACCUUACCCUUCAAACUCCCAGAUGGUUGGAUUGUGGAGGAGGUGCCCAGAAAAACAGGAGGUCACGUCGACAGGUAUUAUUAUGAACCAGGGACUGGACAGAAGUUCCGAUCUUUGAUAGCUGCCCAAAAGCACCUUGCAGAACUGGAAGAAAAUUCGCCAUUAUCAGUUGUACUAGAAGAACUUAUAGAAAACAAUUUGCCCCUUUCCAAGGCUUUUAAAUUACGCAGUUCUAUAAAGAACCAUGGAUCGUAUGAUUCAUGGAAGAAAAGCAUUUCUAGAAAAGAGCGAGCUUCAUCAUUUAGCAGUCCUCCAAGCAAGAUCAAUUGGGUUAUUGCUAGUAGCGCAGGGCAAACGUGGAAUGCUUUUGUUGGUGAUGAACUGGUUCCAGAUUCUCUGAUGCAACAAUGGGGCAAGAGAUUCAUGUUGGCCAUCGAUAACAACAAACAUAAUCCACCGGUUUCAGGGUAGCACAGGUUUUGUUCCUUAGCCAAGAAAUAUGCUCUUACUCAUCUGAGGAAUGAAUCUGAGGCUGGUUUUAUGACUUCUUUAGCCCAAGUAGAAUUACUAAACCGAUUCCAAGAGUCCUGAAGCUGCACGUUCCGAGGGUUUAGACUUGAGAUUUGGUGCAGCCGAGUUUGAGGUAAUCAAAGACAAUCUUUGUACAGUAUCAAGACUAAUGAUGUCCAUGUGUUAUUUAAGGCAAUGUAUAAUCUUUCUAUUAGUAACUGAACUGGAUUCGACACACCAUCAGGGUGCAUAUAUUUGAUGGUGCAGUCACAUGUCUUAGCCAUCCCGACUACCUACCCGAUAUCUUUUAAAAAUUGUUAUAAUGAGAUACGAACGAAGCC